GGUACUUCUAUUUUUCGAGGCGCCAUAUUCGCUUCACUUAAUUCGCUGCAUAAAAUUCAUUGCACCUUGUCGUUCUUGAAAAAUGCUUGAUGCUCGGUCGGCAUGUAAAAUUUUGAUUUGACUCAGAAUGGAUUUAUGAGAUUGGAUAGACGGGAUUGGAGGACGCAUAACAGAAUAAGACCCUAAAUUCUUGAAUUGACCAGAGGAGGCAAUGACUUUGUCAAUGAUUCUUGACUUGAUUUGAUUAGUACCCUGGAAAUAGUAGAAGGCUAGAUUGAAAGUAUGUCACGCUUUCUCAACACAUACUCUAGAUUGAAGCCUGUUUCCAAGAAGGCUGAUGUUGAUGAAUUUUCUGAGCUGCUAAGUUAUGCAGCUGCCAAGAGGAAAACAAAAGUGACUGCCCUCAAGUCCAUUGCAGAAAGUGAGACAGGUGAUCAGGAUGAAGGUAACAUGGCUGAAACAUUUCAAGCCACAAUGAAGAGGAUGUCAAAACCAAUAUCACAAAAGUCAUCAAGAAGGAAGCCAACUCCUCUGAAAAUAGAAGGAAAAAGGUUAGGCGGAAGACACUAUUCCCCAAUGGCUAGAACCUCCCUUCAUGAAGACCCAAGUGAUGAUAUUGAUGACUCCAUUGUGUACCUUUCAGACUUUCUUGAAGAAAACACAACCUUGUCUGAUGCAGAGACGACCCUCACAAAUGCAGAGACUUGUGAAGACUCGGACAAUGAGUACUCUGAUAUUGAGCUACCCAGGGAUUUACCAGAGCAAAAGAGAAAGUCUAGCACCAUAUCGAGCAGAAUUCUGAAACUGACACAGAUGUCCAAUAAGAGAGCGCCAUAUAUGAAGUCCCAAUCAAAAGGUAAUGGCCCUCAAAAUUACAGCCGUGAGUCUUCAUCAUCAUAUUCAAUUCUUGGGCAAGGUUCACCUAAUGGCAACAAGAAGAGGUCCACUUCUAAAAUCUUUUCAGGAGGACAUAAUUUGUCAGAGAAGGAAAAGAAAUUGCAGACUACUACUAGAUCUGUUUACAGCCUUUUGAGCGAAGAAAGCGACACGAGCCUCACUAGAUCUCCUUCAAAGAAAAAAGCAGGGAAUGAACCCAAACUGAAAGUUACUGGCAAGAAAGUACCACUUGCAAAGAAAAGUCCAACAAAGACUGCACAGCCGCAUCAUGAUAGCAUUGGUGAAUUAUCCGGAAAGGAUGGAAAGAAGCAAGUUUCAUUCCAGCUGAAAACCAAGCCCAAAGUCUUUGAUCCUGUAGACCCCAGCAUGAACACUCCUUUCAAUGUCUCCCUACCUCAUUGUUCCUCUUCGAAUAGCAUUCUGAAAAAGACAGCUGUGAUAGAACAUAGUGAUGCAGCUAAUGGGAAGGCCACAAGAGCAACCAGUACACCCCAGAAGUCGAGUACACAUUCAAGGAAGACCCAUGGAUGUCAUAUCAUGGACCUCUCUUUUGAUGUUUCUGCUGUGUCACUGCCCCUGGACAAUGACCUGGUGAUAACAAAAAAACCAAUGAACCAUGAUAAGAUUCAAGAAGUGAAACGAGAUAGAAAGUCAGAAGGACCCGGUGAAACAACAGAAAAUCUGCUAGAUUUUGAGCCAAUGUGUCUCCAGGCAUCUCAGAGCAUUGGUUCGGUGCUAGAGACACAGGUGAAAGAUGAUAGGAGGAAACAUAAUGAAAUGACUCCUUCAACCCAGAUGAAACGUCAGAGCCCAGAGGCUGGUACCCCUUCCAAACAGCUACCCAAGAAAUCAAGAAUCCUUAAACCUUCUAAAGAUGGAGGUCUGGGCAACAGAAAGCGUCUUAACUACCAGCAGCCUGGUGCAUCAGUACCCACUCCGGAGUGUUCGAUCACCACGCUACCGUUUCCUGGGUACAAUCUUCAUCCAUCCAUUGAGCAGAAACCUCCACUACAAGGACACGUCAAUAUGAGGCAUAUCAGACAGCACCCUCAAGAUAUACUGGAGACAAUUCCUGACAGAGCUUUUCUGCAUCUGAAAUCUGCCAUCGGCUAUCACAGUUGAAUAGAGUGCUAUUUUUGCCUACCAGUAGUGCUCAAAGGAAAAAGUGUACACCAGGUUUCACACAUGUGUUCACUACUGUGCUGAAUUAAACUAAGAUUAGACAUAGGUAUACUAAAUUGCACUCAAGCUAUCAACUUUUCAGGAAUACGGCUGAAUACCUGAACGUAUUCAGGCUUAUAUGAUAUGUAGUACGUCAGUCAACAUUAUAUUAAUGGUUUGGUUGUGAUGCAUCCAUUUGAAUACAACUGCAUAAUUGACUGUUUGAACUGAAGGUGUUAUUCAGGAUUUUUGUUGUUUCUUAAUAUUUUUAAAGGACUUUGUUUAUUGAUGUCAUUAUACUACCAGGCAAUGAAAGGUACGAGGAUAUGGUUCACCUUUCAAUAACUGCAUACCUUAACAUUUUUCAGGUCAAUACCUCAUCAGAUAUUGAACCAACUUUAUUUCAGUAUUGUUUUGUUAUGAAUACAGUUUGUGUAGAAUUUGUAGAGAUAUGAAGGUGCUUCCUGGUUGUAAGAUAGUGAAUAUCUAUCCAUGAAAAUGAUGGUUAUUUCAUUUCCUGUAAACUAUAAGCAGAUUUUGUUCCAUGUAUAUGGAGAUCACAUAAUGUUGUGCAUUUGAAAUAUAGAGACUAUGCACAAAGAAGUGCAUUAGAGCCAAAGGGUAUUUGUUUAUUGUAUCUGUUGAAAGUUUUGUAAUGACUUAAUAGAUUAAAAUUUAUUCACUAAUACAUGUAUGUAUUAUAUGUGUGGAAUAUUUUCAAAUUUAUUUACAAGCAUUUCCUGA